AUAUGGUAUGGAGCGGGCUACAUGUUGCCCAACAUGCCAGUGCGAGUGUUUUCUCAAUUAGGCGUCUUAUCUCCGCUGAGCGCUUGCUCCUGCAUCAGAUGAAGCUUGCUGACAGCGUAAUGGCAGGGAAAACCUCGGAAGGCUCCAUCAAAUGGCAGCUCUGCUACGACAUCUCAGCCAGGACCUGGUGGAUGGAUGAGUUCCAUCCUUUCAUCGAAGCGCUGCUGCCUCACGUCCGGGCCUUCGCCUACACAUGGUUCAACCUGCAGGCUCGCAAGAGGAAGUACUUCAAGAAGCACGAGAAGCGCAUGUCCAAGGAGGAGGAGCGCGCCGUGAAGGACGAGCUGCUGAGCGAGAAGCCCGAGGUCAAGCAGAAGUGGGCGUCGCGCCUGCUGGCCAAGCUGCGCAAGGACAUCCGGCCCGAGUUCAGGGAGGACUUUGUGCUGACGGUGACGGGGAAGAAGCCGCCGUGCUGCGUGCUCUCCAACCCCGACCAGAAGGGCAAGAUGAGGCGGAUCGACUGUCUGCGGCAGGCGGACAAAGUGUGGAGGCUGGACCUGGUCAUGGUGAUUUUAUUCAAAGGGAUUCCUCUCGAAAGUACUGACGGCGAGAGGCUGGUGAAGUCUCCUCAGUGCUCCAACCCCAGCCUGUGUGUGCAGCCACAUCACAUUGGAGUUUCUGUCAAGGAGCUGGAUCUUUACCUGGCCUACUUUGUCCACGCAGGUCAGUCCCCGCCCACUUUUUUACUCUGUGUGUGUGUGUUGUCCUGCAGGAAUGCAGCCGCGCUGCUGCUGCUACUUGUGUUGUGCCAGCUGCUGAGAAUAACUGUCUCUGUUGCUAAGGACCGGCGCGUCGUCCUUAGCAACAGGAACCCUCUCACCCGAGACCCCACCAGGGUCCAGACUCUGUCGUCUCUGUGCCAACAGAACAGAGUCUGA